AUGAAAGCCAUCGAUACGAUACUUUUCGAUAUAUCUAAAAAUGAACUGUUUAAAAUUAAUGAAAACUACAAAAUGUUGCAUCGCAAACUGAAAACUGCUUGGAAAGUUAUGAUUAAUCGCGAAGACAUAUCAUCCAAUGCACUCCAAGAUGUGAAGAUUCUGGUGAUACCAGGUCCACAGAACGCGUUCACUGAUGAUGAGCUGGCUGCAUUAAAGAGUGUAGUGGAAAGAGGAGACUCUGUGCUAGUUAUUAUGACUGAUGGUGGAGAGGAACGCAUGAACACUAACAUUAAUUUCUUUUUAGAAGAGUAUGGAAUUGUAGUCAAUAAUGAGGACCCACCUACACCUAACUUCGUCUAUCCAUAUGGGGCAACGCUCACAGUGAAGAAACCUGCGGCGGCCAUUUUAUCGAGUAGUGACGUGUGUUACCCGGUCAAGCGACCGGUAGCCGCUAUGUACACUUCAGAGAAGAGUGGAGGAAAAUUAUUCGUCAUCGGUUCUGGUCAUUUUUUCGCCGAUCAAUAUUUGGAGAGUGAAUGCAAUGAUCUCAUCCGAGAAAUGAUCUUCAACUAUUUGGGAGGUGUCGCCGAUUUGCACUUGAAUCCUGUUGAUGUUGAAGAUCCUGAUAUAAACGAAUACAGAACGCUGGGCGACACCCUAUGGCUGAGCUCGAUACUGUUGCCGGAGCCAGCUAGCGCUCCACCACCUCGCCUUGCUCCCUUACAUCCUCACGCGCUGUUCACUUGGAGGCUAUUUUCUCUUAAUUUAUCACAUUUACCCGAAGUUCUAGGUCUAUAUGAGGAGUUGGGAGUAAAACAUGAGCCUCUACGACUGAUAGCCCCGCAGUUCGAAACACCCUACCCGCCAUUACAAUUGGCUGUAUUUUCACCAACAUUCCGAGAGCCGCCGCCACCUCCGCUAGAGCUGUUCGAUUUGGACGAAGCGUUCAGUUCAGAGCGCUCGCAGCUGGCGAGGCUCGCUAACAAAUGUGUUCAACCUCAUAACACCAGAUUAGGACAAGGUGACGGACGACAACUAGAAAAUGAACUAGAAUACUUUGUACGUGAAUGCGGCCGAGCAGUUCGUCUAUCCCGCGCGAUCUCCGACGACGGUCCCGCGGGAAAGCAGAUAUUACACCAGCUUGCUGUGCAACUUGCUACCUUCAAGAAAAUUGCCCCACGGGAU